AUGGCUAAAGUAGUAACACGUCCGCAACGUUUUACACCUGAAGAAUGGAAAUUAGCAUCGAAAGUUAAGCAUAAAAAUACGGAACGAGAUCGUGCUACUGCAGAACGACUUAUCUUAGAAUGUGAUCGUCUUGAUCAAGAAGGUCGAGGAACUGUUGAUCGUACAUUAGCCGAUGUUAACAAAAAACUUGAUCAACGUUUGGAUCAUGUUAAAAAUUGGAAAGGUGAACUUGAAGUAAAACGCAGUGAAUUAGAAAAAGAAAUUGAUGCAACAGAAAGUUAUCUAGUACGAAUUGAAAAACGUCUUCAAUCAUUGCAAGAUAAUUUACAUAUUACUCAAACAACGUUAGCCAAUCGAGAAAAACGUUACGAUAUUGAUUUAGUUCAUGAUGAUGUUCAAAAAGAUUUAAUUAUGGAAAUAUCAGCUAUACAAGGUGCCAUUACUUUAUUAACACGUACAAUCGAACAAACUAAAGAGCAACUUAGGUAA